AUGUUUGUGCGUAAAUUGCAAGCUAUAUGCAUAUUAUUGAUCCUAGUCAUACUAGUCAAACCUUCCACGGCGGGUCCCAUUAUCACCAAGGAUACAAAAAAUUCUACAAAUAUUGCAAAUACAACAGCAGAAAUCGAUACUUAUCAUCCCUCACAUCUAGUAUGGAUGAUUGUUCGUGGAUACCUUGACCCACUAAAUUGGAUACGUCUUCACUGGCUUGACGAGAAUGGACAAGCUAGAUGGCAUGAUGAAUUCGACCCCAAUACUGGUAGCCAUGUACUGAACUUUACCUCUCCAAAUUGGGCAGCAGGAUACCUAAUCGAAGCAUACGCCGAAGGUUGGGGCAAUAAGUGGUCGCCGAAAAUAUUUUGGUGGGAUGGUUGGGUCGGUGGAAAAUAUUGCAAUGAUAAUCAUUUCUAUUUAAAGAAUCUUGCAAGAGAAUAUGCUUUUGGUCAUAAUUGGGAAGUAAUUUGGGGACGAGAUUGUACUUUUCCAUUUUCAUAG